CAUUAACGUUAACUAUCCUCCGAGCACAUCUCAGUGCCCAAACCUCAUGCACAGACUUAAUUUAGACAGGCCUACCAUACCGGCUUACUGGCUCUCCCACUUCUGAAGCUCUUAUCCCUUCUUGUCCAUCAUGAACCUUCAGUUGCGCAUCCACACCGCCCAGGAGCGAAGACCUAGCUUCAAAGGCAAAUCGAGGAUUCUCCUUAACUCUUGUGAACCGCCCGAAUCCCCCGCUCUGAAGGGAGGCGCUUGCGAGGCUUUGGAGGCAGAUGGACGGCCGUGCCGGCAUGAGCUACUCUCAGAUAGCGAAACCUGGUGCCAUAGGCAUAUCAGGGAGCUGAAAGAUCUCAAGUCAAGGUGGGGGAGGUCUCUCAAAGAGGCGGAGCGGGUUGAAGUCGUCAGCCCUGAUACGGCGAAACAAAAAGUCCUCAAGCUUCGACAAGCCGUGGAUCUUCGGCGCCAGAUUCGCGAGAGAUUCUAUCCUCGAGGCGGUGACACCGCCGAUUUUAUCAAAUGGAUCAUGAAACUGGAGAGGGACGUCAGAGCACUCGCGGAUUCUAUUCUGAUGUCGAACCUCGACCGUGGUCCUACACCGGAAACCCCAGGUGGAACCACUCCGCACCCAGAAACACAAAAUUCGGAGAAGAUCAUGAUCCUCCAGUCACCUCUGGAUCCACGCAUUCCAAUCGACUCGUUACUGGGAAUGCCAGAUGAUGGCACAAUUCUCAUUCUGAAGCACUUUUACACGGAUCUAUGCGUCGAAAGUGUUCGUCGACUCUACGGCAUCGUGCCAGAUCUCAACGACUCUGGACAACGAUCCGGCUCUCCCGUCAAAGACCCAGUUCAGGACAGUGGGACUGACAUUAUCCGCGCCUGGUUCCGAAUUAUGAUCCUAAACGAUAGCGAAGCCGAGGCCCUGGAACAUGCGACUAGAUCCAAGGGUAUCGACGAGUUCUUGUCCGGAUGCCAUGCAAGCCAACUGGAGACGUAUUGCGACUUCUUCGAAAAGGCCUGGCGUCCUCAUGCCGUUCAGUAUCUCCGCGCCGCGAUCUGCGCUCAGACACUCGCCGGCGGCGACAUCAAAACCAUCAGUCUGCUUGGUGGUAUGAUACCGAGUACGACCGAGGGACUCAAGAUGACCAAGCCAUGCUGGGAUAUACUGUACCGCUGGUUUCCAACGCUUCUGACACCGUGGACUCUGGCCAGCAUCUGCUCCAAUUUCGAGGACUACACCACCAUUUGCAAGCUGCUAAUGCUUGGGCUAUACCGCGAUCACUGGUUCGAUCCGCAAAGUAUCCUCACAGAGUGCACGGCUGCCGUCUAUCUCGGGUUCAUUCCUUCUAGUAAAGGAAAUUUCACUGCGAAUGCUUCCAUACAACAGGCAGAAGAUUUUGUGGUACAAGAAGAGGCUCGCAACUACGUGUGCGGUCAGAUGGCCAUCGGCGACCCCUUGACGCAAGAUUUCCUGGACGAGCUGCGAAAGCGGACAGAAAGGCUUCUCCUUGUGGUGUACGAAGGCACGAAUGCUGAUGCAACAGUCCACCCGUCGGAAGGAGACUUGUUCAUCAAGCGCCAUCGAUCAGCCAAGUCGCACGGAGAAUUGAAGGACGUGGACUGGACCACGGACAUCACCCUGGAAGACGUCAAAAAUGACCUCCGUUUCCGCAAGAAGUCCAUGUACGACCCCAUCGUUGUCGACUCCUGGCAGUUCAUCAUCAUCGAUAAGCAAGCCGGCCAGCCAUUCCAGCUCUUCGACAUCAUCCAGGACGCGCUGCUCAUGCUCAUGGGCGACCCUUCUCCGCGACAAGUCGCGAAACGAGUCAUCCGCGAGGUGAUCCCACCCUCGGUGCAGGAAAUCUUCCUAGAGGAGAUGAGCAUCGACAGCUCCAUCGACAUGCAGUUCCCAGCACCGCCUGAAGUGCAGUACGAAGGCAACAGGCAAAGGUGCCAUGAUCCAGACAGGCAGAUCCUCCAUUCCCACAAGAAAAAGAUGGAAUCGGAAGAGUGCUCCAGAGAUGCGAACCGCUUUAUUCGACGCGUCAUCGAGGACAUGGAGCGCUGUGGUAUCAUCAGUCUGGCCCCGGAUUACGAGACGCCCCAGACCCGACCCGUCAUCGUCCAAGGCACGGAUGGCGCACUAGAUCUCUACUUUCCGUAUGAGUUUGGAGGACUUGCACCGGACUCAGAGCUUACGCCCAGCCUUACACUACCGCCCAAGACCUGUCUCCUAGACUUUGCGAAGAAGUUCAAGGAGAAUAAUCCAGGAGGUAUCAUGGCCAAGGGAAGCAUCCUAACGCAUUAUAGCGCUUGGCCUAUGCCGGCGAUCAAGAGGCUCGGGAAGAACAAGCUCAAUUUUGGGACUUGGGAGGGCCAUGUUUACCACUGGAAUGCGAUGCCAUUCGACCGUCCCUGGUCCUCGCACGCCUGGCAAUACUACCUCCACCACUACAUCAACUCCAAGUACCCCUUCGUCAUGUUCUACCUCACGACCUUCGUCAUCUGCGCUACGGAUACAGAGGAUGCGGAGCGCAAGGCGGGGAUACUGCUCGAUGAGACGGAGAAGAGAGGGUGGAGGGUCAUCCUGCCCAAUGCGAGGGAUUGGAGGACCGAUCCUACGGAUCUAAGGCUGGAAAGGUUGUUCCGCGGUGUUGAGCCUAUGUAGGCACGGAUGGACACUAGGCGAAUCUGCUAAGGGUUUUCUAGGCGGGAUUUUGGGCGGGAUUUUGGGCGGGAUUUUAUGGGUUCUUCGGAGGAU